ACACCCAUGACGUCGUGUAAAAAAUGAAGAAGGAGGUGCGGAAGAGACAAACUUGAUCUGUUUAAAAUCUGUUUAUAUUUUGGUUUAGAAACGUUGACGACGUCGUGAUUACUCGAAGUAUUGAUGUUAGCUGUUUGUAUUUAGUUAUAAACUAAUGAUCGGCUGUAUUCCUUUAACCUGAACGCAGUGCAUUCGCAAUAAUAUAUACCAUAUGGCCUUGGAAGUAUUCCAUAUUAAAAUUCAUAUUUGUUUUGUGCCUAUUGUAUGUCUCGCAGUUUUGCUGUGCUCCUGGCAAUCAAAUGCUAAUAGUAACGGGACUUGUGGAAAGUUGACUAGAUGUCCAGAUUGGCUAAGGAGAAAAAGACUUUGUUACUGUCCCAAUGGUGAUCGUGUAAAAUUUACUUGUGUCAAUGGAAAAUGGAAAAAUCUUCCCUGUGACACUUCAACAACCACUGCUGUUCAAACUACACAACUGACAACAACACCUUCUCCACGAUGCCCAAAACUUAAAGAAAUCCUUUAUGGUGCAAUAAAAUAUUCAAAUGAUAGUAGUCGUCUUCCUGGUACAUCUGCAAAGUAUAAAUGUAUUGGUUACUCACAUAAGGUUAUGGACCCGCUUGAUUGUGACAGUAAUGGCAAGUGGAAUAGGAAAGAACCAGAAUCAAACAUGUGUUAUUGUGAAGCUCUGGACUUCGAGAGUGAUAACCUGGAGAUUUCUUAUAAUCCACCGAAUUCAAAAUCUCGUUAUUAUGUUUUGAAGACUGUAGUAACAUACUUUUGUAAAGGAUCAAACAAAGAAAUCCAACUUGCCUCAUCAACAUGUAAAAACACAGGCGAGGGCAAAGGGGCUAUUUGGACACCAAGACUAAAACAGUCAAGCAUUGAGAAGUGCAGAUCACAAAGACCUACAAUUAGAGUUCAAGUAAGCAAAACUACGAAACCGCCGAUACACCACACAGACGAGAGGACUGUAAUCAUUGUUAGCGGCACAACUGGCGCAAUCUUAGGCGCCCUCAUUAUCUUGGUUGUCAUUGUAUCAUGUCAGCGGCGUAUUCAUUAUCAUCGCAUGCGCCGUGCACGAAUACGUCACCGCCAGGAUCAGGAUGCCUUCACCGCAUUCAUCACGUAUCAUCGGGAUGCUCGUCUUCUGCUACCAUCUUAUGAUGAAGCCAUUAACCAAGAAGAACAGGGUCAACCUCCAUCAUUCGAAGAAGCUCUUGGCCAUUAUGAAGAGCCUACGCUCCCCCCUGGCCAUACAUCUGCAGAGGACGGAUGCCCGUCCGAUACUCAAGAUGCUUCAUCCGCUCCCCCCGGCAGUGAAACUCACAGCCUUCCCGAAACUUCCACCUCAUUUGAAAACCAUUCGGACGCAAGCCCCUUGUUAGACAGCCAGACCUCACCCGCGUCGGAGAAUAGUCGCCUCUUCCGAAGUCUUCGGGCGUUAUUCGGGGGAAGAACAUUCCGACCUGACGCGAUUUAUUGCCGAUUUGUACCAGAUGACACUGGCGAGAGUGAGAGUCAGACAUCGACCAGGGCUGUGGAGACAGAACCACCUGACAGUUCAGCAGAGUUGGCUGAAGUCUUAACACGAGCUGGCUUGUGUUGAGGCGCUUUUAGACUAGGCAAUUUUCCUUUCAACUUGCAAUGCAAUUUUAAUUUUGAAAUUGUAAUUAGACUAUGCAAUUUUCCUUGCAACUUGCAAUGCAAUUAUA